ACAUGUAUGCAAUUUAAACACAUUCAAUUCAAUCUUUCUUUUUCCAUAAUAAUUUUAAAUAAUAAUGUUAUAAAUAGACAAGCCUGCAGGUUACAUACAGUCAGUCUAAUUUUGAAAUUAACAUUGAAUAGUCCUCGGGAUCGUUAAAAUUUACAAUAUUAAAUUACACAAAUAAUAGCAGCAUAUGCAUGUAUAGAUGUAUACAUACACAUAAAUAUAUAAUGUGCUAUUCGGGAUUCAUCAAUUUAAUUUAAAUAAAUUACCGGAUUUCUUUAUCUUUUAACACAACUUGACUCUACUUGCAUACAUAUUUUUGUAAGAAAUUAUGUAUAUAAAAUAUAAAUUUCUUAUUUUAUUACUAAAAUUUUCAAUUAUUUCAACGACACCAUUGAAAUCAUCAUCACCGGAUAAAGAUGAUGAUAAUGCAAUAAUAACAUCUACAAUACAAUCAUUACAACCACAACAGAUGACGGAAGAAUAUGAUACAAGUGAUACCAGUAAUAAAAGUAAUAAUCAACAAUUUAAUAAUGAUCCCAUAAAUAUUGAAAAGAAUCAAAAGCUAUUCAAAGAUUACAUAGAUGAAAUAAAAUCACAUUUAAAUCCAAAUUUAAAGCCAUGUGAUAAUUUUAUUAAAUAUGCAUGUGGUAAUUUUGAUGGUAUAUCAUUAAAUGAUAAAAAAAUUUCAACAGAUAAAUUUUAUAUUGAAGAUUUUAUUUUAUUAAAUAAAAUAUCAAAAGAUAAUCGUUUUGAAGUGAUGGCAAGUAAUUUUUAUUUAUCAUGUAAGAAUAAUCGAAAAUUAAAACAAGUUUUUGAAGAAAUUGAUAGCCUUAAAACAAUUGGUAAAUGGCCAAUUAUGGAAGAUGAUUUGAAAUAUAAUAUAAGUGAUAAAGAUAUUGCAAAAUUAUGGGGCGAAUUAGCAAUAUUAAAAGCUGUUGAUUUACUUGAAAUGACAAUGACAACUGUUUCCGAUCAAAUAUAUUUUUCAUCAAAAUUAAACGAAGACAAUUUUACUGAAAUACAAGAAACAAUGAAUGAAUUAAAUAAAAAUGGUAAUAGUAACAAUAAUCAAGAUGAAAAUAUUCAAUUAGCAAUUGAAGAAAUACAAAAUUUUACAAUAUUAAUAUCAGAUAAUUUAUUACAAUUGCCACCAAAUUCAGAUGAAUCAGUUACAAUUGAUCGUGUAUCAUCAUUGAAUGAAACAAUUACAAAUUUCGAUUGGACUGAAUAUUUUCAAACAUUUUCAAAAUUAAUGAAUUUAAAUAUUAAUUAUUUUGAUAAUAAAUCAGUUGAAUUACGUAAUCCAAAUGCAAUGCAAAAAAUUAUUGAUUUAAUUAAACAAACUGAAUCACGUAUCGUAUUAAAUUAUUUAAUAUGGAAAUAUAUAAAAUUUGCAAAAAAUAUGAAAUGUGAAGAAUUCCAACCAUUUUGGAGACCAGUAAUUUUAACAAAAUUAUGGAAAGAAUAUUAUACACAAAUUGAUAAAGAUAAUUUAUUAAAAAUUUAUAAUCAAUUCGAAAAAUCAUUUAACGAUGUUAAACAUCAAUUAAAUGAACCAUCACAAGCGAUACUAAAUCAUGUAAUUUAUCCAAGUAAAAAUUUAUUAGAGAAUUUUGAUAAAAUUUUAUCGUAUGAUUCAUUAAAUAAUUAUUAUAGUCAAUUUAAAAUUGAGAUAAAUAAAUUUUAUAAAAAUGCAAUAUCUUAUAUGUUUAUAAUUGGUGAAGAUUUUAUAAAGAAUGGUCAAAAUGGUGCAUUAUUUAAAAUGUAUUUAACAAUGUUAUUUAGUGGUGAUAUUGAUUUGAGACAACAUAAUAAACCAUUAUUAUAUUAUUUUGUUACAAAAAAUAUUGAAUUUUGGAAAAAUGAUUUUAUACAGCAUACACUGCCAAGUAAUUUUACUGGAACUGAAAAUUGUUUACCAUAUCCGACCGAACCACAAGAAUCGAAUCAAUUAAAUUUAAAAUUUUUAAAAUAUUAUGCAGCUGAUAUGCAAGGUUUCAAUGAUUACAUUUUGUGGUUAAAUGAUACUUCUAAUGUUGGUGGUUUAGCUGCUGGAACUGAUAUUAUACAAAUGCAAUCGAUUGAAUUGGACAAAUAUAAUUUAAAUCAUGAAAAAAUUUAUUGGUUAGCUUUAGUUCAAGAACAAUGUUUAAAAAAUAUUAAUUUAACAAUAAGUAAUGAUGACGUUAUGUCAACAGUUAUAAAACAUUCUAAGCAGCUUUCUGAUGCAUUCGAAUGUCAUGAAAAUAUUAAAGAGGAAACAUGUAACUAUCAUUUAUUUAGUACGCUAUUUUAAAUUUAAGAGAGAAAAAUGACGCCUUAUUUGAUUUAAUUUUUUUUUAUCAAUAUUAUUCAAAUUAUUGUGUUUAUUUUAAAACAUUUUUUUUAAUUUGUAAGAAAAAUAGUAAUUUAUUUGUAUCUUAUGAUUUAAAAGUGAAUAUAAAUUAGGAAAUAUUUUAAAAUAAAAUUAAAUUGAUUA